AUGGGAAUGGGGCCGCAGCUCGAGACCCCCGCCGCCGCGGCCCCGGUGAUCCCGCCGGCGACGAUCCCGGCUUCUGCCGGCGGGUCGUACGCGGUGCUGCAGUGCGGGGAGGACUCGGCGUACGUGCGGGACGCGUACGGGGGCUACUUCAACGUCUUCCGGGCGCUGCUGGAGGAGGACGGGGAGCGGUGGCGGGUGUACCGCGCCGUGCGCGGCGAGCUCCCCUCCGACGCGGAGGCGGCGGGGAUCGACGGGUUCGUGAUCUCGGGGAGCUGCAGCGACGCGCACGGCGACGAGCCAUGGAUCCUGGCGCUCGUCGACCUCGUCCGCCGCGCGCACGCCGCCGGGAAGCGCGUCCUCGGCGUCUGCUUCGGCCACCAGCUCCUGUGCCGCGCGCUGGGCGGAAGGACCGGGAGGUCAGCCAAGGGCUGGGACAUCGGCGUCAGCUGCAUGCACCCCACCACCGCCGCGGCCAAGCUCUUUGCGCCGCUCAAGCUGCCGGUUCACAUGCCCAUCAUCGAGUUCCACCAGGACGAGGUGUGGGAUCUUCCCCCUCACGCCGAGGUGCUCGCCCGGUCCGACAAGACCAGCGUGGAGAUGUUCAGGCUCGGUGACCGCGCCAUGGGCGUGCAGGGCCACCCGGAGUACAGCAAGGACAUCCUCAUGAGCAUUGCUGAUCGCCUCCUCCAGCACAACCUCAUCCUGGACUGCCAGGUGGACGUUGCCAAGGCGAGCUUCGACGUGCGGACCCCCGACAAGGAGCUAUGGAGGAAGGUGUGCACGGGAUUCCUCAAGGGCAGGCUCCAGUCCCAGCAGCAGAAGCAACAUAAGCUGCUGCUAUAGGACGGGGUGAAGGAGGAUACAUCGGCAGCUGAGGACAACAGCAUAGAAUUAUUGAGCGGGGGGUGGGGAGUUAUCAGCCUAGAGUUAAUUAAUCCUUUUAAUUUUCUGCUUCGGGGCGCCUUGACAUCUUGUACAGAGAUAUUUAUCCCGGGCAUUAAUAAAGAGGAAGCGGGUGCUAAUUUGCUAGUA